AUGGCGUCCGAGUUGGAGGCGCUGAAGCGCGAGCUCCACGCGCUCAAGGGCGAGCAGCAUGACUUGCACCAGCGGAAGUCGGCGAACCGGCAUCCCCGGGGCGGACCGCACGGCGACAGGGGAUCGGGCGGCGGGCGGUUUCAGAUCGGACCGAAUCGCGAGGAUCGCGACGACCGCCGCGCGGGCAAGCGCCAACGGACCUCCCUCGACGGCGACGGCGACGUGAACGGCGACGGCGGCGCGCCGGCCCCGCCGGGCGCCUACGCGUCCGCCCCCAGCGUCGACACGCGCCCGAAGGACGCGCCGGGCAUAGCCAAGGACGAGGGCGAGAAGCGGCGCGGGCGGCGGAUGCUCGCGGGACUGCUCGGCACGCUCAAGCGGCACCGCGACGAGGAGAAGGCGGUGGCCGCGGUGACGGCGCAGCGCCGCUCCGUCAUCGAGCAGGCCGAGACCAAGGCCCGGGAGGUGAGCGAGAAGCUCAGGCAGGAGUCGUUCGCGUCGAACGCCCUUCGCAGGGCGCGGGAUCACAGGCGAACCGCCGAGAUCGAUCUGAGGGUGGCCGAGAAGGAGCUGGAGGUCAAACGCGCGGCGCGUCUCGAGAAGGAUGCCAAAACCGCGGGAUGCGCGCGCACCAGCAAGGAAUGCGGCCGCCCCAGGGUCUUCUACAGGCCCAAGGCGCACACGAAGGACACCGAGGCCGCCGUCGAGGUCACCGCGAAGGAGGUGGCCGAGGAGUUUGACAAGACAAUCGCAAACUCGGAGGAGAAGGUGGAGCGGCUCAAGCGUGCGCUGCAGGAGGCGACCAGGGAGCUGGAGGAGGCGGAGGCGAACGCGCCGGAGGAUGCCGGCGACGACGACGAGAACGAAGGGGGGAACGAAGGGAGGAACGACGCGAACGGGCGAGCGCCGAUUGACGACGACGCGGCGCCCGAGGAGGGGGAGGUUGACGCGAGCGGAAGCGACGGCCGCGGGGAACGAAGCGACGGAGACGAGGACAUGGGCGACCUCGAGGAGGGCCCGGAUCCGGAGGGGCUCGAGGACAUGCUCGCGGGGAAGUGA